AUGGCUGAGGAAAGAUUCAUUGAUAAUAGCGAUCGAAGCUCCAUCGAAAAACCACUGGCAGACAGACAAUUAACCGCUGUGAAAGCAUCAAAGUUAUACAAGGAAAUUGAACGAGGUCAAUUACCCAUUGUAUAUCAUCCAGUUUAUAAUAUAUCAUUUUGUGGGAUCGAACGGUGCCAUCCAUUUGAUUCACGUAAAUGGGGACGUGUUUAUGAGACAUUGUUGCAAUCAGGGAUGUUUGAAGAAAAUCAAACAAUAAGGCCACUGGAAGCAAGUAUGGACGAUUUACGUGUUGUGCAUUCAUCCACCUAUCUCUCAUCAUUAUGCUGUCCAUGUUAUGUUGCAAAAAUGGUUGAAGUUACACCUGUUGCACUUAUUCCUCCAUGCGGCACAAUAUUGGCAGCCAAGCUUGCACUAACAUCCGGUUGGGCAAUAAAUAUUGGUGGUGGUUUCCAUCAUGCAAGUCGUUCAAAGGGUGGAGGUUUUUGUAUUUAUGCUGAUAUCACCUUGGCACUAACAUUCUUAUUCUCGAAUCAAUUGAUUUCAAAAGCAAUGAUUGUUGAUUUAGAUGCUCAUCAGGGUAAUGGUCAUGAAAAUGAUUUCAGCGGUGACAGUCGCGUUUAUAUAUUGGAUAUGUUUAACAGUCGUAUUUAUCCGCAUGAUCUGAGAGCAAGACGUGCUAUAAGGAGAUCAAUUCAUCUUCAUGUUGGUACACAGGAUUCAGAAUAUCUCUCCUUACUUUCAAAUAAUCUUGAAGAUGUCUUGAACGAAUUUCAGCCUGAUAUAAUCGUGUAUAAUGCGGGAACUGAUUGUCUUCAAGGUGAUCCACUUGGGUUAUUGUCGAUAUCCUCGAAGGGAAUUCGAAAACGUGAUGAAAUUGUUUUCAAAAUGGCUCGUGACAGACAUAUCCCAGUCGUAAUGUUACUUAGUGGUGGAUAUAUGCCGAAUACGCAUGAAGUCAUUGCCAAGUCAAUCUUGAAUUUGUACGAUAAAAAUUUAUUAAGGAUAGAACUGUAA